AUGCAGCUGUGGAAACAUCCUUAUGCAUUCAUAUGUGUACAUAGGAAAAUGAGUGACUCCGAAGACGAGGGCCCCCCCCAGCUUUCUUCCUACGCUCUCGCAGCUCUGCAGGAAUUUUAUGCUGAGCAGCAGCAGCACCACUCUGACCUCCGUGGUGAUCACAAGUAUAACAUCGGGAUAAUAGAAGAGAACUGGCAGCUGAGCCAGUUCUGGUACAGCCCAGAGACAGCCCUGCGCCUUGCUGAGGACGCCGUAGCAGCUGCCGGGGAGGGCGGCAGAAUAGCGUGUGUGAGCGCCCCCAGCGUCUACCAGAAGCUGAGAGAGCGGCACAGAGACAAUGUCUCCGUCUGCAUCUUUGAGUACGACCGCAGGUUUGCCGUAUACGGAGAGGACUUUGUCUACUAUGACUACAAGAGCCCUGUGGACUUACCUGAGAGGAUCGCCACACACAGCUUUGACAUUGUCGUAGCAGAUCCCCCCUAUCUCUCGGAGGAAUGUCUUAGGAAAAUGUCGGAAACCAUCAAGCUCCUGACCCGGGGCAAGAUCAUGCUGUGCACAGGUGCUGUCAUGGAGGAAGCGGCAGAAAAACUGCUUGGAGUGAAGAUGUGCAAGUUUAUUCCAGAACACACUCGUGCCCUGGGAAACGAGUUUCGCUGUUUCGUGAAUUACGACUCUGGGCUGGACCGUGAUCUGUCAGUGCAGCUCUCAGGGCAGGAAGGACCCAAGUGA